AUGGAAGACAAAGCUGGUUCCGGUAAUGCCGCGGUCGAGAGCGGCGAGAGCAACACGCCGAUGCUAGUAAAGAAGCCACCGAAAACUAAGACGAGAUCGCAGCGUGUAAAGUCGUCUCAUCCACCAACAUCGGAGAUGGUGACAGCCGCCAUCAAGGAAUUGAAGGACCGUAAAGGUUCGUCGCUUCAAGCCAUCAAGAAGUACAUCUCCUCGACGUACAAGGUCGACGGAGAGAAAUUCGCUCCGUUCAUCAAGAAAUACUUGAAAUCUGCUGUGACGGCCGGCACUGUUGUGCAGACGAAGGGCAAGGGAGCUUCUGGCUCGUUCAAGCUCUCCACCGGGAAACCGGAGACAUCCAAGACGAAGAAGGAGAUCCGCUCGCCGAGAAAAGUCGAACCGAAAAAGGCGCAGUCGGUCGAGAAGAAGACCGUGGCGAAGAAGACCGCUGCCUCGGUGAAAAAAUCACCGGCGAAGAAACCCGCUGAGAAAAAGGCCGUUGCUGUGAAGAAGACCGCGGCGAAGGCUGCCGCCACGAAAGCCAAAGCCGCCACCGAGGCCAAGAGCAUGUCGAAGUCCAGAAAGACCGCCAAAGCUCCAGCAGCGAAGACCAGAACGCCCAAACCGAAAAAGGCCGCUGCAUCGAAAUCCGUCAAAUCACCAGCGAAGAAAUAA